CUGGCCAUUUUGCCAUCAUGGCAGGAUCAAACUCGGAAGGUGGGUCGGUCGAAGCCGAUCCACCAGGAUUCCCUCCUCCCAUGGAGGGCCUGCAGUUGAUCCAGCAGGGAGCCGAAGCCCGCCUCUAUCGGGGCCAAUUCUUAGGCAGGCCGACCGUGAUGAAACUCCGGUUCCCGAAACGUUACCGGCACCCAACGAUGGAUGAAAGGCUCAGCCACAAGCGAACGGCGCAGGAGGCCCGUUCGUUGCUACGCUGUCGACGGGCAGGUAUUUCUGCACCUGUUGUGUACUUUGUGGACUAUGUUGUCAAUUGUAUAUAUCUUGAAGACAUUGUAGGAUCAACUACUGUUCGAGACUAUAUACUCUUCCAGCAGCAAUCUGGUGAAGGUAUCAGCAAUCUUAUUCAAUUAGCUGAAAAGAUAGGGGAAAUAUUGGCAGGAAUGCAUGAUGAAGACCUCAUACAUGGGGAUCUCACAACUUCUAACAUGCUUUUGCGACCACCAGCAGAGAAACUGGAGUUGACAUUAAUUGAUUUUGGACUAAGCUUUAUUUCUGGCCUUCCUGAGGAUAAAGGUGUUGAUUUAUAUGUCUUAGAGAAAGCCUUUUUGAGUACCCAUCCAAACACAGAAGCUCUGUUUGAAGCACUGUUGAAGAAAUACUCAGCUGCAUCUAAAAAAUCAAUUCCAGUAAUAAAAAAGCUGGAUGAAGUACGAUUAAGAGGAAGAAAAAGAUCUAUGGUUGGAUGAAGAAUGCAGACAACAAAAGGAAAAAAAAGCAGAGGAACUUAAAUUUUAUGUGUGCUUUAAAUAUUUUCAGUUAUGUCUAAUAAUAAAAUUGAAUUUGGUUUUUUUACUUCA